UCUGCUCUAUUAAGUGUCUCUACAAUAUCUGUCUCUAUCUUUAUCAUCAUCUUUACCAUGAAGAUGCUGACUGUGUCUCUACUCGUUUGUGCCAUGAUGGCUUCGAUCAGAGAUGCUGAAGCAACAACUGGAAAGGCAUCUUGUGGUACUUGGACUGAGAUCAAGGGUCGCUGUUUCCAAUAUGUUCCAACAAUCAUGAAAUGGGCUCAAGCUGAGAAAAACUGCCAGGCCAUGGGUGCAAACCUUGCAUCCAUACGUAGCAUUGAGGAGUACCAUGAGAUUCAGAUGCUGAUGAAGAGAAAGACUUAUGACCAAAAAACAACAUGGGUUGGAGGCUUCGACGCACCACAGAGGGGGGUCUGGUUCUGGUCUGAUGGUUCAACUUUCCAGUUUACGCACUGGUGUCCCGGACAGCCUUCUGCUUGGUGGAGCCAGCACUGUUUACAGAUUAAUUAUGGAGUUGCAAAGUGCUGGGACAAUGCAAAGUGUAAAAGUACACUUCCAUCUGUCUGCGCCAAAAAACCAUAAAGUCUCCUUGGAUGAAAGAGGCUGAAGAAGUACCUUUGCAUAGGUGCUGGUUCAUAUAUAUCAUAAAGGCUCUGGAGCUAAUUUUCUCAUCUUUAUUUCUUUGCUGUAACGCGGCUUAAGGAUCAAUACGACAAGUGAUAUAAACAGUAGCUGCAGGCCUUGUGCCUUUGAUCAGAGUACAUUGAAUGUCAUUAGAAAGUAAUGCUUUUAGCAAAAC